AUGUUUCCACAUCAAUCGACCAGGGACAUGUCGUCAAGUAUGGAUAUUGUUGAAUCCGAAACUGGAGGUGAAGUGAACGACAAACGCGCAGAAGCCAAUAUGAGAAAUACAUCACGAUCGCCUUCAAAAGCUCGGUCAUUAUCAGAUGGCGGUCAACCAACUCUUUCACCGUCUCCUAAAUUUCACGAAUCCGAAAAGCGAGUCUCCAAAGAUGAUAGUUCCCUUUCCGACAGUCCAACAACUCCAAGGCGGCCUGCGUUUCCCCGAGGUCUUUCACUGCAGAUGCCUCAAGGGGGUUUUAUGCCACUAGGAUCACCAGCAUAUAUCAAUCGAGUCCCUUUAUCACCAAAAUUGGAUCAAUCACAAACAUAUGGGUCGCCUACAAGUGUGUUGCCUCGACGAUCUCGAGGUUUGGAUUUUUCAAGAGCUGCAACGAAUCUUCACCACUCCACACUCGCAGAGCAAUCAUCACCCGAUUCAUCACCUACAAUAACCGGCAGAGCUAUGAACAUUCCGAAUAGGAAAAAUGGAUUACACUUUACGAGCGGCGGGGAAGGUUCUAUGUGGUCUUCCAUGGCGAAUUCAGAAAGAAUGACCGUAUCGAACUCGCUUGGUAGUGUCAAUAUGAUGGCCUCCGAAUCUUCUGGAAGUAGUUCCGACGACGAUGAUUUGAUGGACGCGGAUGAUAUUGAUGACUCUAUUAUUACAACACCUCAAAUCAACAAAAUGUCAGCACUUUUCGACGGACAUCCUAACGCGAGCCCUGGCGGCGCCUGGUCUGGACAAUCGCCUGCAGUUAGUAGUCUUAUGAAUUUCCAACGCGCAAGAUUUAGAAACGGAAAAAGUCGCAAAGGGUCAAGAAGUGAUUCAAUGGCCAGUCCAACUUCCAAAUCACCUCCUACGAUGCGGAAUGUCGAAAGUGGUUAUUUCGGUAGAGAAAUGGCGGUUGAUAAUUUUCAUUCGAGAAGAGAAAGUAUAAGCUGGGCUGCAAACCAAUUGCACAUAUCAGGAAGUGAAAGUGAUGAUGGUGCAUUGAAGUCGACUCUAGAAAAUGUGGAUAGCAUGCCUAGUACACCCGGAAAAGAUGGACAACGAGGGGUCAUUCGCAGAGCGGUGACCCGGAGGGGAAACAUGCUACCUAAAACCAAAGGGUUUGCACGUAUCCGAGCAGCUCUAGCAGAAGAGGGCGCCCCAGUCGAAACUGAAGUUCGUCGAGAAGCUGAAGUCGUCCGCCAAACCCGCGAAAGUAAUAUGGAUCUCGAACCUUCCCGUCAUGCCUCCAUAUCAACAACAGAUACUACACGAUCAUCACCAAUACUUGGCGCAUCACAGGAUUUUCUACCUCCUAUAGGAGGCAUGCCCGAAGAUGAUCUAAUGGUUGAUGCGUCAAAUUCCCAACCAUCUGGUAGCUUCAAGCAACAAGUCAUCCGCAACUCCAAAGGCAAAGAAUACUGGGAGUCCUUCACAGACGAGAAUAGUCGCACACCACCCCCACCCAAUUUUCAUCCUCGGGACUCCUCUUCUGGCAUGAGCGAAGAUAUAUCAUUAGAAACCCACCUCUCCACACCCCUCAAUCUCCAUCGCAGAAACUCCGACUCCUCUCCUUCCCGUUCAUCCACCCCUCAAACCGUUGAACCCAUACGCAAAAUAACACAUAAACGUCGUCGAGACGAUGAUCUCGAUCCUACGAGUUUUAAGAGGAGAGCCGUUAGUCCCGGGAUGAGUGUACAUAAUAGUCCUGUAAUGCAGAGUCCGAUGCAGAGGGAUACGGCGCCAUGGGGUGUGAGACCCAAUAGUAAUGGGGAGCCUGGAAAUGGGAAGAGUGGGUUGGGAGUUGGGGGGAGGAGAGUUGGGUUCCAGGGUAUGGUGGAUACGAAUGAUGGGUUAAUGAAGAUGAGUAUUGAAUGA